AUGAAUCCAAGGAACACCAUCGAUUUAGAACAAGGAUGGGAUUUUAUGCAAAAAGGGAUCACGAAACUGAAAAACAUUCUAGAGGGACUGCCUGAACCACAGUUCAAUUCGGAGGACUACAUGAUGCUCUACACGACAAUAUAUAACAUGUGCACCCAAAAGCCCCCGCAUGAUUAUUCUCAGCAACUGUAUGAUAAGUAUCGGGAGUCUUUUGAAGAAUACAUUACAUCAACAGUUCUGCCUUCUCUAAGGGACAAGCAUAGUGAAUAUAUGUUGAGGGAGCUCGUGAAAAGAUGGCAGAAUCAUAAAGUCAUGGUUCGUUGGCUUUCGAGAUUCUUUCACUAUCUUGAUCGGUACUUUAUCGCUAGAAGGUCACUUCCAGCUCUUUAUGAAGUUGGUCUGACAUGCUUUCGUGAGCUGGUAUAUCAAGAGUUAAACAGCAAAGCUAGGGAUGCUGUUAUAUCGUUGAUUGACCAAGAGAGGGAAGGAGAGCUGAUAGAUCGAGCCCUAUUGAAGAAUGUGCUUGAUAUUUUUGUUGAAAUUGGUAUGGGGCAGAUGACUUAUUAUGAGAAUGAUUUUGAAGAAGCAAUGUUGAAUGGCACAGCUGCUUACUAUUCACGGAAGGCUUCUAAAUGGAUCUUAGAUGAUUCAUGCCCUGACUAUAUGUCGAAAGCUGAAGAGUGUUUAAAACGUGAAAAGGAUAGGGUUUCUCAUUAUCUUCACUCUAGUAGUGAGACAAAGUUGCUUGAGAAAGUACAACAUGAAUUGUUGUCGGUUCAUGCCACCCAACUGUUAGAGAAGGAGCACUCAGGUUGUCAUGCGUUACUUAAAGACGACAAGGUGGAGGAUUUGUCGAGGAUGUAUAGGCUCUUUUCUAAAAUACCCAGAGGCUUAGAACCCGUAGCCAAUAUCUUUAAGCAGCAUGUUACUGGUGAAGGUACUUACUUGGUUAAACAAGCGGAAGAUGCUGCAAGCAACAAGAAGGCUGAAAAGAAAGAUGUUGUCGGCUUGCAGGAACAGGUGUUUGUAAGAAAUGUUAUUGAGCUCCAUGACAAGUACAUGGCAUAUGUGAAUGACUGCUUUGUAAAUCACACUCUAUUCCACAAGGCUCUUAAGGAAGCUUUUGAAAUCUUCUGCAACAAAGGCGUUGCUGGAAAUUCCAGCGCCGAUCUUCUUGCGACGUUUUGUGAUAACAUUCUCAAGAAAGGUGGAAGUGAAAAAUUGAGUGACGAAGCUAUUGAAGACACUUUGGAGAAGGUAGUUAAACUUCUUGCAUACAUCAGUGACAAGGAUUUAUUUGCGGAGUUUUACAGGAAGAAGCUUUCACGCCGCCUGUUGUUUGAUAAAAGUGCUAAUGACGAACAUGAAAGAAGUAUCCUGACAAAGUUGAAGCAGCAAUGUGGUGCCCAGUUCACUUCAAAAAUGGAGGGAAUGGUCACAGAUUUGGCACUAGCUAGGGAGAAUCAAGUAAGCUUUGAGGAAUACCUCACCAAUAACCCACAUGCUAGUCCAGGCUUUGACUUGACAGUUACUGUCCUCACCACGGGUUUCUGGCCAACUUACAAGACAUACGAUCUUAACCUGUCUGCUGAGAUGGUCAAGUGUGUUGAGGUAUUUAGGGAGUUCUACCAGACAAAAACAAAGCACAGGAAACUAACAUUCAUAUAUUCUUUGGGAACUUGUAUUGUGAAUGGAAAAUUUGAUCAGAAAACAAUAGAGCUAAAUGUGUCCACCUAUCAGGCGGCUGUCCUGUUGCUGUUCAACACCUCGGACAAAUUGAGCUAUCGUGAGAUCAUGACUCAGUUGAACUUACCUGAUGAUGACGUUAUCCGACUGCUGCACUCACUUUCAUGCGCCAAGCACAAGAUUUUGAACAAGGAGCCCAACACCCGAACAAUUUCUCCAUCUGAUGUUUUUGAAUUCAAUUCCAAGUUCACUGACAAGAUGAGGAGAAUUAGGAUUCCGUUGCCUCCAGUGGAUGAGAAAAAGAAGGUAAUCGAGGACGUUGACAAGGACAGACGUUAUGCCAUUGAUGCUUCAAUUGUGCGCAUCAUGAAGAGUAGAAAGGUCUUGGGCUACCAGCAGUUAGUUGCCGAGUGCAUGGAACAAUUGGGCCGCAUGUUCAAGCCCGAUGUCAAAGCGAUCAAGAAGAGGAUUGAGGAUUUGAUUACCCGCGAUUAUUUGGAGAGGGACAAGGACAACCCUAACCUGUUCAAAUACUUGGCUUGA